AUGACGGCGAGAGUUGGGACUCAAAUAAUCGUCGAGCUUCACGAUUUUCCAAAGCCGUCGUGGAGCGAGGUCGGCCACAGUAGGUUCGGCGAUCUUGUCACGCUGAAAUGGUGGGAUAAUCUGUGGUUGAACGAAGGUUUCGCUUCGUUUGUGCAAUACAUUGGAGUCAACGAAAUAACCCACGAUAAUUUUAGAAUGGAGGACUGUUUUCCUUGGCGUGGAAGUCGAUUCGCACAAGGCAUGGAGCUGGACGCUGGUAGCUAG